CUAGCUGCUUCCACUCAUACCCCUGUGUAUCUGCUCUCCUGGCAGCCUCAGCUCUCCCCCUCUCUCUACGAAAACACUUUCGGGAAGAAUAAAGUUUUUUUCUGCGCUCAGCCAGUCUUUACUCAGAGCCAAACCGUGGCCUAGCAGGAAGAACGGCUCGACUAUGUGGAGAAAGAAACGGGCACUUGGGGAAUCCUUGGCUUGUCUCGUAUUUCUCGUGACGCUCGUCGAUGCUUAUCGAUUCCUGAGCCAGAGCACAGCCUCCCAGUUCCUGAGCAGGCACAGGAGAGCCAACUCUCUGUUUGAGGAGAGCAAGAAGGGCGACCUGGAGAGGGAGUGCAUCGAGGAGCUGUGCAACAAGGAGGAGGCCAGGGAGAUCUUUGAGAACCAGCCAGAGACGGAAUACUUCUACCCCAGAUAUGUUGUGUGUCUGGGUUCACACCGGGUCGGCAUCAGCAACCCGAACUCGGAUGCCAUUCCGUCAGACCUUCGCACCUGUGUGAGGGAGAUCAGCAACCAGUGCUCACCAAAUCCAUGCUACAAGGGGGGUUCAGUGCGCUGUGUGGACGGCCAGGCCUCCUUCACAUGCGAGUGUAAACCCGGCUGGAAGGGGCCGCGCUGUGAGGACGACAUCAACGAGUGUGUGGAUCCUGAAUUUCCUGCUGGAUGCAACCAAAAAUGUUACAACAUACCCGGUAGUUUCUACUGCAUGUGUGAAGAUGGCUACUUCAUCAAUGACAAAAUCAACUGCGUGGAUAUCAAUGAAUGCCUGAUGUACCCCAGUAUCUGUGAACCACCGUCUAAAUGUGUCAACACGCCGGGCAUGUUUGAGUGCCAGUGUCCCCAGGGUUUCAAAUAUAACUUCACUUCCAAGACCUGCAACGAUGUAGACGAGUGUGAGUUGAGUGUGUGCGACGGGACUUGUAUAAACACACUUGGCAGCUAUGCGUGCCACUGUGACGGUCGUCAGGGUCUUCGUUUGGCGGAGGAUGCGCGAUACUGUGAGAGUAUCCCUGUCUGUGUGGAGCUGUACGACUACAGGCACCCUGAGAUGCUUUACCUGGGGGAGCAGUUCACAGGCCUUCCUGUCAUCUACCUGCGCUUCCGUCUGCCGGAGAACACAAAGUUUGCAGCAGAGUUCGACUUCCGUACAUUUGACCCGGAGGGAGUUGUGCUGUACGCAGAGUCCUCGCAGGACUCGUGGUUCAUGUUGGGACUGAGAGGCGGUCGCAUUGAAGUCCAGUUCAAAAACCAGCACACAUUCAAGGUCACCAGCGGAGGGAAAGCCAUCAAUGAUGGGCAGUGGCAUGUGAUCUCUGUGGACGAACUGGAGAGCAGCAUCAGUGUGAAGAUCAGCAAGGAAGCUGUGAUGAGCAUCAACAGCCCCGAUAGUCUCUUCACUUCAGUCAACGGCAAACUGGAGACGAAGGUGUACAUCGCCGGGCUGCCCAACCGCACCGACAACGUUAUCAAACCUAUCAACCCUCGACUUGACGGCUGCAUCCGAGGCUGGAACCUGAUGAACCAGGGAGCGUCUGGGGUGAAGGAGGUCAUCCAGGAGAAGAAGAGUAAACAUUGCUUUGUGUAUGUGGAGCGAGGGUCUUACUUCACUGGGGCAGGACUGGCGCAGUUCAACAUUGACUACAGUGAUUCUGGGAGCUGGAAUGUGGAUAUAAAGAUGAAUAUACGUCCGUCCAGCAGCACGGGUGUCCUGUUUGCUCUUGUUCACAAUGACACAGUCCCCCUGUCCAUCGCUGUGGUAACGCAGGGAGAAGAAGAUGCCAACCUGCAAGUGUUUUUGGAUGGUGUCUCCGUGGCAACGCUGGAGUCACUGAUGUUGUGUUACCCCGACCGGCUGAUGGUGCAGCUGAAUGUGACUCCAACUGAAAUCCAAAUCUCAGGCAACUCCUCUUCUGUUACCUACAUGAAGUCUGUCGACCUGCAGGAGGCACUGAAGCGCCUCAACAGCACCAUGCAGAACCCUGUCAGUACAUAUAUCGGAGGGAUACCAGAUGACGUCCCGUUACCUGCCACCCCAAUGACGGCCUUUUACCACGGCUGCAUGGACGUCACCAUCAACGGCCAGCAGCUGGACUUCGACGAGGCUCUGAGCAAACACAACAGUAUUAAGUCCCAUUCCUGUCCUCCUGUGUCUGCCCCCGAGAGUCACCCUGAAGCGCAGCACCUACAUCCGCACCAAAAGUGACCUUAAUUAACACUGAAAAGCCCUCACAUUAGGCAGCGUCCCACAGCGGCCACUUCCUGGGAUAUUUUGGAAAGAGAGAUAUAGAGGAGGAGAUGGGAGGGAGGGAGGAAGGGGGGUAGACGAUUAUAGUCAUUUUUGUCGACUUUCUCUGAUGGGUUCAUUUAUGCUUUUCAUCCAUACAGUAUUAUUGUUCCUGUCCUAGGAGCAUUUUGUUCACUUGUUAUUUCUUAGUGAGGCACAACGAAAGCUGACUUGCCAGUGAGCAAGUCGGAAGCUGGAUGGCCGGAUGACGUAGUUGUAGCAGUUUGUUGCAAUGAAUUAAAAGCUUUCCAAGAAAUGUCUGAAAAGAGCUGAGCUCUGUAGCACGCAUACCAUGUGUUGAGCAAGAGAUGGUUAUGUUUGUGUAGAAAAAUAAACAAAUGGUCACUGUUGACCAGGCUUUGAGACCACCUGCAUCUCUUUUCCCUGUUGUUGCAUCAUGGUAUAUCUCUGGGUGCUCUUCAAAUAGAGUGCUGCAGGGAUGACGAUUAUUUGUAGGCCAGCCUGGGAGUUAACGGCGCCCUGGUUCCCUUGACAGAAAGCCAGUGGGAUUUUUUUCUAUUGGAUUUUGGAUUACUGCAGAAAAUAAGCUCUGUGGCAAACAAAAGUUUAUGAAACUUACACGCUUUGUUCAGCAGGAUAAUGAACACUGCUUAUAUGAUUUUUGAAGCAUAACUGCAAUUAACAGAAGUAAAAAGCUAACAUAUAUGGAGCUAGCACAGUGACAGUACACUUUUUUUU